CUACCAUUGGUUAAUCGCUAGAGCGUCUUUCAUAGGCUGUCUCUUGGACCUGGGGUUAUUCCUAUUCGUUGUACGAUUGACAAAGUCUCGUCUUUUGUAACCAAUCAGGAAAGUUUCAUUCAUCAACAAUCCACUGGUGUUAAGUAUUCCAAAUUCAUCAUGGAUACAACAUCAGUUGCCCAAAGCAUCAGCACAGAUCAGCUGAACAUCCAGGCUUUACAAGCCAACCAGUCAGGCCAACAAGUACAGGUUGUUCAACAGGUUCAGCAGGCAGCACAAGGUCAGGUUGUACAAGUCAGCGGUAAUCAGAUUGUGGCGGGCGAUCAGCCAAUAACAGUGCAGAUGCCAGGAAACAAUCAGGCGCAAGCUGUACAGAUUCAACAAGUGGGUCAGACCUUACAGGUCGCUGGUCCUGGGGGUCAGGUUCAGCAGAUUCAACUAAUUCCACAACAAAUGCAGGUGCAGUCAGUGGCCGGAGGUCAAGCAGGUCAAAUUCAGCAAAUUUACAUACAGCAACCUCAGGGUCAGCAAGGCACACCUCUUCAGCAACUUGUUACAUCAGAUGGGCAAACAGUGAUGCUGCAACCAGUGGCAGGUUCAGAAAAUGCCGUAACUUUACAACAAGGCCAAGGUUUGAUCCAAGUGCAGCAGCCAGCUACCACACAAACCACCAAUAACACGACUCCCACUGCUAUUGCUGUGCCAGUCAACAGUGGCGGUGCUAACACUGGAAGCGUAGUAAUGAUGGUACCUGGAGCAAGCGGAGUAGCCACAAUGCAGCGGAUACCUCUCCCAGGAGCGGAACUAUUAGAAGAGGAGCCGCUGUAUGUGAAUGCCAAGCAAUACCACCGUAUUCUAAAAAGGAGACAAGCAAGGGCUAAGCUCGAGGCUGAGGGUAAAAUACCUAAAGAACGAAGGAAAUAUUUACAUGAAUCCCGCCAUCGCCAUGCAAUGAACCGUGUUAGAGGAGAUGGAGGGCGUUUUAAUGCAGGAGUUAACGAGCUAGGCGAACCAAUUCCGCAAGAGGUUGGCACUUACGAUAUUAAUAAGAUGUUUGCAGGUACGGGAGCAAUGGGUGAAAACCAAGGACUUUCAGAUCAUCAGAAUAUGUCGACCGUCUCAGCCAUAGGUCACAGUAACUAAGGUUGCUUGAUUAAUGGACCUUUCCACUAAACCCCACCCUUGGAUGUUGUUGCUAAGGUCCACAAAAACAAUAGCAUAAACGUACCUAAGCAUGUGCGUUUGUGGGACAAACACGUUUUUGCGGAGAGGCGCAUAUUCCUGGCCCUGUUCUGAUUGGUCAGCUAAGUUUGAUUGACACUCCGGAAUGUUCGAUUUAAUACAGUGCACACAAGGUCUGAUGGAUCGUCAGAUAAAUCCUAAGGAAGAUCUUGCUGGUUGACAGUUGUGCUUAGUGGAGAAUCCAGCAUAUAGAAGACUUGGCAAGCCUGAGUCUUUGGAUAUAUCUUUUCUCCAUGUCUGGUUAUACCAAUCAAAACCUGUAUUCUUAGUACACUUAUACCAAGCCAGAACUAUUUAUUACAGGUAACUGUAUUGCAUAAUGUAAGUGCUGCGAUAUGAUAUGAUAUAAGGUAAAAUAUAUUUUCUUGCUACGUUGGAAGCAAGAUGAGAAUAAUGUGGCACUACGCUUGCUUGCAAAGCAGGUAGCAUAAUGCCAACAGGAAGCAAGAUGAGCACUUUGUAGCACUCUUGCUAAGCAAGGAGGUAAUGGUCAACUGAAAGGAAACCAGUAUAAACUUAGUAGUGCUGUGUUGUGCUACUUAGUGCUACUCUCUUGCUUGUUGCCUACCAGUGCAGUUGACAUUGUUUAACCUCAAAGGUGUGCUGCUGUAGUGAAGAAAUGAAUGCUCAAAACUAAACCACUUUCAUAAUACUGUAUUCAGUAAUUAAACAUAAUUAUCUGCUUAAUGUUAUAUAGUAGAAAAAAUACAUUGUGCUUUGCAUUAUAUUAUAUUUCUGAACAAUUUUAAUGUUUAUGGUUUCACAGACCUGCCAACUCACCCGAUCCUGUUGGGUGUCGUCUGAUAUUUAAACAAAUCUCCAGUUAUCCCGAUCGAAUGUAAUUUUCACCCGAUUUCACAGGCCACCCCCUCCCCAAAAAUACUCUGAUUUAUGCAUAAUUUGAUUGAUUUGAUCGUUAUUAUUGAAUGUAUUCGCCGCCUGCUCGCUUCGUGGUGCAAUAAACAAGCAGCCGUUUUUAAUUCGCCACCAACCGCCAAUGAUUUGUAGUGACGUGACUUUUUUGGUAUCUUGCAUCCUCUUUGUUAAUUCUGGAAACCUCCAGAUUUUUUUGUGAUCCUUAAAAAAAUCUCCAGAUUUUCAUGACCCAAGGGUUGGCAGGUCUGGUAUUAGGAGGUGAUCGAGGCAGGCAGAAAGCUUCAUUUGAGAAUCUAUGGUGAGAUGGAAUGGUUUGAGAAAGGUGACCCUCAUUAAUAUUUGGGGUUUAUGGUGCUUAUCCAUUGUAAUUUCUUAUAUACACAACUUCACAUUUAGUUAAAGGUUUUCUUCUGUUUCAAAGGGUGGGGCAAUUUGCCCCUUUUUUUAUCCCAUGGAUCUGCCAAUGGUAUAUUUUGUCCAUACCGUUUUAAAGUGACCAAUAUAUACAGAUGAAUCUGUAUUUUUCAUUUGCUAGAAAAGUUGAUGUCAACUAGGUAUCAGUAUUGCUAUUAAUAGCCUUGAAAUUGCUAUGUAAAAUUGUGUGAAUUGCUUAGUUGGGAAUGUAAAACAGGGAGGGGGAGGGGUGAUAUAUAUAUGUAUAUAUACGUUUUACCGGCAAAACCUAUUUCUUACUUAGUUCUGGUCACAUUUUCUGUAUGCAUUACUCGCUAUAUAAUUACAUUUUUAUUUUAACUAUAAUCAGUUUUCCUUCAAUAAAUUCAUCAGGUUUAUAGAUUAAUUUAACAGGUUGAUAACAACAAAACUAAAAUAGUGAAUAGUUAAUAGUCAGAUGUGACUUAACUAUUUCGCUUUCUGUUAAAAUUAUGUUUUCAGACCAUUUUUUAUAAGUACUGUACACAAAUCCACAUUGUUUCUGAUAUACUGUAAAUAACUUGGAAACAAGUUUCUGGGUACUCGCUGCAUUGUAUGACCGUCAUACAACCGACAACUCCAACUCCGUUCCCUGUAAAUUCUAGAAAUCUUCAUUAAAAACAAUCCAUUGUGAACACGUCAUGGCAUUUUGUUCUUGAUAGAAUCGUGUUGGGCAAGUGCCUGGCUUACGUAUUUAAAAAAGCUUUAAAUACAAACUAGAUUCUUAAGUGGAUUUGUGAUACAAUAAAUUUAAAAACGACCAGAAUGCAUUUUACGUGAACAUUUUUGUCUACAAAUUGUGUAAAUAAAUUGCAAUUUUUAGCAGUUUUUCUGAAAAUGCAUUGUGAAGCUACAAACAUAAAUUUUAAAAGAUUAUGAAAUGUUACUGUUAAAAGUAUUAGUCGUGGGUGUAUGAAAUACAUGCAGUAUAGGUCUUGCAACGGAAUGAAGCAACGCUCCUAUUUGAUAAUUUUACUCAAUUGUGUCAUCGUUUGGGCUUGCAUGUUUUAGGUUUUGCGCAUGGAUACAUUCUGUUAAAAGAUGUGUGAGGUAUUAGCAUAGGCUUGGUACAUUAAUCUUUGUAAAUUUAUCGAAUCAAUCUUUUCGCAUUGGACUUUCUGCUCAAGAAAAAAAAAAACAGAGUGGUUAAUCUUUGGGUAAUUUAAUCGUUGAAGCUGCGUUGAAUGACAGUUGUAUAACCGUUGGUCUAUGAAUCCAAUUCAGCUUUCUGUGAGCGCUAACGACGCCGUCUAAAUGGAUCAUUAUUAAUAACGUUCUGUUGCGCUUGCAUCAUGUUCUCCAUAGAAUCACAUUGGCCAACGUCCAUCGGACGCUGUGAGUGCAAUUUGGUCUUUGAAUGACAUUCAUACAAAGUAGAUAAAAAAUACAGUACACAUUUAAAUUUAGUGUAUUGCCUUUGAGGAAAUUGGUCUUAAAGCAAGUGACCAAACUGUUAUACAACCAUAAAAUACAAGUACCAUACUGUUUCAGACAUGCUCAAAAUUUCAUGAAAAUAAUCCCAAUAUCUUGUCAAUGAUUCACCUCAUUUUAUGGCAAGACCUCACAUUAGUGUUGAUUGGAUUGUAUUUAUUCUAAUAAAGUAACAUUUCCCAAAUA